AUGCGCAGUGCAAAAGUACUAGUCGUUAAUCUGGGAGCUUUGGGCACAGAAAUCACAAAAUGUUUGGUUCUUAGCGGUGUCGGAUCGUUGUCCUUGAUCGACAGCCAUGACGUUGACAGCCAGGAUCUUGAAUCCCAAUUUUUCGUUGGGAAAACUGACGUGGGAAGCAAGCGACUAGAUGCAGCGGCACCCAGAAUUCAGGAUAUGAAUCCAAGAGUAGAGCUUUAUUUUGACAAGGAUGAUUUUCGAGACAAGCCAGACUCAUAUUUCCAGCAAUUUAAUCUAAUUGUGGCCACAGACCUUCACAGCGCAGAUAUUAUGAAACUAAACGCCAUCAGUAGGCGCUUCAACCUUCCGCUCUUCGUAGCGGGGCUGAACGGACUUUCAGGCUACAUUUUCGUGGACCUAAUUCAAUUCGAUGCAACUGAUGAGAAAUUGAAGAGCUCCGUAGCCACCCCGCUAAAGCAAGUUUCACAAAACCGUGAGGUAAUAGAGGUUAUUGAGUUUCUCAACGAAGAGCAGAACAAGGUGUAUGAAAAAAUCGUUACACGGAAUAUCUAUUCUCCAUUCGAGAAGAUGUUACAAGAAGGAACUCUAAAGGGCAAACUCACAAGAAGACAACUUAAACGGCUCACCAAUGCAGUUCCGCUCACUCUCGCUCUACUUACAUAUGCAGAUGGCGCUGCAGUCAUCUCGCCACCGGAGUUGAGGGAAAAGGCUGCCGAAAAGUGCAGUCAACUGGGACUGCCAUCCGAAAACUUGCAAGAGACAUACAUUGAACAAUUUGCAGAACAAGCAGGUCUUGAAUUUGCACCUGUAGCUGCUGUUGUGGGUGGUGCAGUGGCCCAGGAUGUGAUCAACAUUUUAGGGAAGAAACAAUCGCCUUUGAAUAACUUCAUUGUGCUGGACGGUAUAACUUUAGAUAUGCAUAUUUUCGAGCUUUAG